UUUAUGUUACAAAGCAGGAAAAAACCUUUAACAUUUUUGUGUAACUUAUAAAAGGUUCAUCACUUAUAACUGAUACAUAUUUGAUCGAAGAGAAGAGAAGAAGAGAUGUUGGAAAAUACAAACCUUUUUAACGAUCUCCAACCAGUCAUAAAGAAAGGAAAACCCUCUUUAUGUUCUACAGCGUCAUCAGAUCUACAAGGAUACGACGUUCUACUACAAGAUGGAAAACAACAUGGCUACCUUCAAUGUCCACUGUGCAAAAAGUUAAUGCGAAACCCCAUCCAAACAUUUCGUGGAGAGCUAGCUUGUGAAACUUGCUACAAAAACGCCAUGCACACUGGUAUAUGUCCGAUUGACAACGAACCCAUCACAGAAAAGCAGAUUUUUCCUGACCAAGCCAAAAGAAAAGAAAUUAAAGCGUUAAGAUGCUUUUGCGAGAACGAAAAAUUAGGUUGCGAAUGGGAAGGAACAAUAGCUUUAUAUGAGCAACACGAAUUAUCGUGUCAAUAUAAACCAAUUAACUGUCCGUUCUGUAAUGAUGGCGUAAGCAAUUUAGAAGAACACAUGCAAACAUGUAGCAUGAUAAAGGAACAAGAACACUGUCCAUUUAAGGAAGCUGGAUGUACUUAUAAGCCAGUUGCAUCGAAUGAUUUACUGAAACAUUUACAAUCUAAUACAUACAUACACAUAGCCAUGUUGGUUUCUACGAUAAACAUGAUAAAGAUAGAUAACUCCACCUUGCAAGCACAGCUAAAUAUCAAUCAGACCUCAAUUGCUAAAAUUAAAGAAAACACUGACAAAGAGAUGAGCAGGUUAAGUGAUACGAUUGUUCUUUUAACUGAACAACUAAGAGCGUUACAGGAUGAUAUGAGUCAAGUCACUAGAGAGGUGGAUAAAUUAAAAAACACUCGGCUUAAUGAAGAAAAAACUAUAACUAAGCCUCAUCCUAAAGACGAGGCUAUACAAAACGAAGUCUCUCUUAUGCGCGCAAAUCUUUCUGACCUUGAUUUGAGGCAACAGUUGAUGGAAAACACGACAUUUAAUGGUAAAAUGUUGUGGAAGAUUGAUAAUUACGAGAAACGUCUUCAGCAAGCGAAAAUUGGAGAAGUAACAGCGCUCCAUAGCGCGCCAUGUUUUACAAAUCGCUAUGGUUACAAAUUCUGCGCGAGACUGUACCUAUUCGGCGAUGGUAUGGGUAAAGGUACCCAUUUAUCGUUAUUUUUUGUUCUUAUGAAAUCAGAAUUUGAUAACGUGCUCCAAUGGCCGUUUCAGAAACAAGUUACAUUUCGUUUGAUUCAACAAGGUCAAAAGGGGACGACAAAAGAAGUUAAAGAGAGCUUUUUUGCAGAUAAGUCCUCCUCAAGCUUCCAGAAACCAACCAAGGAAAUGAAUAUAGCAGCAGGCUGUCCAUUGUUUAUUUCUCACAAAGAUUUAAAGAAGGGUGGUUUUAUUGAAAAAGAUAGCUUAUUUAUAGAAGUUACUGUGAAAGCAUGAAAUUUUUUAAAGAUUACACAAAUUAUAGGGUCAAGUAGCAUGUCAACCUCAUCCCAGGGCUCUUCUACACGCCUUGAUAUUGAUAUUUUGACGGGGCGGCUUUGUUAAAAUAUCAUAGACAUGAAGAGUCUUGGAAGCGAGGUUGGUAGCAAGUAGUUUUCACAGAAAAUACAUUCGAACGAAUGAACUCCUUAGUAAUGCAAUGUGAAAUGAAGGAAUAAUAAGAGAGAAAAAAUUAUUUUCUGUUAUGUUUUUUUUGUGUAUAAUAAAUAUUUUGCUGUAUUUAUAAUGUUAUUUAGUGUCAAUUUAAAAGCUAAUAUUUCAAUUAUAAUGCCA